CUUUGGAUAACAGAGUGCGGAUGUCCAGCAGCGUCACAAAGACAGCCGCGAUCGAUUAUCAUACCAAAAGUCCAUCUAAAAAACGGCAACUCGUUGUUAUCGACCACCACUACCACCACCGGUCGUAUCUUCAAUGGCAAGCCCAGUAGAAAAGGUGCAUGGCCUUGGCAAGUGUCUCUUCAAUUAUUGCACCCGAAAUUAGGUUUCAUCGGUCAUUGGUGCGGUGGCGUAUUGAUCGACCCGAAGUGGGUAAUCACUGCUGCCCAUUGCAUUCAUAACGAAUUAUUCAAUUUACCUAUCGGUGCGUUAUGGACAGCAGUAGUCGGUGAAUGGGAAUUAGAUUCAGGAGGACGCGGAUCCGCCCGCUUGCCAAUUGAAAAAGUAAUCCUUCACGAAAGGUUUAAUAAUUACGUACAUGACAUAGCCUUAAUGAAACUCGCUAGGCCGGCACCUCUUUCCAAAGUUGUCCGUACCAUCUGCCUUCCCAGUCCCGAACAAGACCUUAGUGAAGGACAAUGCGUGACUUCCGGAUGGGGUCAAUAUGGUCCCUCGCCUUCACUAUCUACCGCCCUUUUGGAAGCCAGUGUCCCUCUUCUAAAUCUUGAAGAAUGCUUACAAGCCUAUGGUAGUUCCGUACCUAUCAGGAAAGGCCAUCUCUGUGCUGGUCAGAUUGAUGGUUCCUCUGGAAGUUGUGUGGUAAAUGUCAUUUUCUUACAAAUUAAUUUGUAA